GGAAACUGUCAAAAAUAGAGAGAGAGAGAGAGAGAGAUGGCCACAGGGAAUUCCCUUGAAUAUACGCCAACUUGGGCUGUUUCCAUUUUUGCUUUGUUUUUCUUCCUUCUAUCUUUUAUCAUUGAAGCCGGUCUUCAAUGUCUAACGAAGUUUCUCAGAAGAAGAAAAAGAAAGUCUCUCAAUAGGGCUUUGGAGAAGUCCAAAGCAGAAAUGAUGAAGCUGGGAUUCAUAUCAUUGCUUCUCACGGUGUCGGAAGUACCGAUAUCGAAAAUCUGUGUCAGCCAUAGUGUGGCAAAUUCUUUUCUUCCAUGUGAAGAUCCCUUGGAGUCUGUAGAACCAGCUGUGGCAUCGGCCACACAAGCUUCACCACCAUACUCUGAUGAAUAUGAUCAUGAUCAGUCUAACACAAUGAGUCUUUCCGCGGAAACCGACGAUGAGGAUCAAAAUUACUGCGAGUCAAUGGGGAUGGUUUCUCUGAUGUCAAGGGAAGGAGUUUCGCAGCUGAAUAUCUUCGUCUCCGUAUUGGCAGUGUUUCAUGUUCUUUACUGCCUCAUCACAAUGUUUCUUGGGAUGGCUAAGAUGAGAAGAUGGAAAGCAUGGGAGGACGAAACUCGAACUCUUGAGUAUCAAAUUCUUAAUGAUCCAAGGAGGUUCCAGUAUAUAGAUCAAACAUCUUUCGGCAAACGGCAUUUGAAGUUCUGGAGUAAAUACCCUUUCUUGCUUGGCCCAGUUUGUUUGGUUCGACAAUUCAGUGGCUCAGCAAUCUCGAAAAUUGACUACUUCACACUUCGGAACGGGUUCAUUUCGGCCAACUUUGCUGAAGGCAGCGACUUCAACUUCCAGAAAUUUCUUGCCAGAGCUUACGAUGAUGAUUUUGAGCAGGUUGUUGGAGUCAGAUUAUGGAUCUGGAUCUUCUGCAUUCUUUUCAUAUUCUUCAGCGCGCACGAGUUUUACAACCAUUACUGGCUAACUUUCAUUCCUCUAGGGAUUAUUCUGGUUGUGGGGACAAAACUGCAAAUCAUAAUAACCAAAAUGGGCUUGGAGACUUACAAGAAGAAUUCUGUCAUUCAAGGAAGCUUUGUUGUAAAACCCAAUAAUGAUCUGUUCUGGUUUGGAAAACCUCAUUGGCUUCUUCAUCUCCUCCAGUUUGUCCUAAUCCAGAACUCCUUUCAGCUGGCAUUCUUCACCUGGACAUGGUUUGAAUAUGGUCAAAGAUCUUGCUUCAACCGCGCUAAGGAAGAUAUCGCGAUAACAAUCUCCAUGGGAGUCCUUGUGCAGUUCCUUUGUGGUUACCUCACCUUACCUCUUUAUGCACUUGUUACUCAGAUGGGUUCUGGCAUGAAGAGAGCAGUGUUCACAGAGAAUGUGGUCCAAGGCCUUAAUGUCUGGCUCAAGAAUGCGAGGCGCAAUCUUACAAAGAACAAUCCUAUCUCGAGUCACAGACCCUCAAUUUCGUGGCACUCUGAUACGACUGACCUUUCGAAUACAGAUGAACCAAAUAAAAACACUCCAGAACAGCAACAACAACACCUUCCUACUUCAACACUUUCGAUGACUACCGCCGCUGCUAAUACUACUACAGUUCCUACUACUACUUUUAGCUCUUUAGAGAUCACAGAAGAGGAAGUCUCAUGUGACGGCCGCCACUACCAUAAUGGAAAGCAAGACAUAACAAGCAUGUCGAGGUCGAACUCGAAACCGAAGAUAGUCUCCACCAGAGGAACCUAUGACGGUGAGAUCUCAUUCGGAAGUAGCUGGAAGACGGUGGAAAUCGGCAGGGAAAUGGACAGCGAAAUCACUUCCAUAAUUGAAGAAGACGACCAAGAUACUAGUGUCUUGUAAAUUAUGUAGUGGUGAUUUGUUGUUGGCCAUAUGUCGAAAAAUCCGUAAAGGUUUUCGAAGGAUUGAAAGGCAAAAAAACCAUAAACAAACAAUGGUCAUAGUUAUCAAACAAACGAAGCACAAACAAAUUGAACACUAUUGAUUUUGCAAGACAGGAAAACGGAUUUGGCAACUGAAUUAAAUAUUUUGAUACCAAGAAAUGAAAAAUAAACAAACAAGAUCCACU